CGACGCAACAGGGCACGUGUGGGGAGUUGGAUUUAUUUAGAAGUGCUGCAUUUUUACUUAUCUAACAUAUAAUCGAUCCAAAAUGGGGAAAAAGUUAAAAGUCGGAAAGACUCGCAAAGAUAAAUUUUAUCAUUUGGCAAAGGAAACAGGCUACAGAUCCCGUUCGUCCUUUAAGCUAAUCCAGCUGAAUCGUAAGUUCCAGUUUCUGCAGAAGGCCCGGGCUCUCGUGGACCUGUGUGCUGCUCCGGGAGGAUGGUUACAAGUAGCAUCCAAAUUCAUGCCUGUGUCCAGUCUGAUCAUCGGAGUGGACCUGGUGCCCAUUAGACCCAUCCCCAACGUGGUGACCCUGCAGGAGGAUAUCACCACGGAGAAGUGCAGACAGGCUCUCAAGAAAGAGCUGCAGAUGUGGAAAGUGGAUGUGGUGCUGAAUGACGGUGCGCCAAACGUCGGGGCUAACUGGCAGCAUGACGCCUUCUCACAAGCACACUUGACCCUGAUGGCUCUGAAACUCGCCUGUGAGUUUCUCAACAAAGGAGGAACCUUCAUCACUAAAGUUUUUCGCUCCAGAGACUAUCAGCCACUCAUGUGGAUCUUCCAGCAGUUCUUUAAGAAAGUGCAGGCCACCAAACCCCAGGCAUCCCGUAACGAGUCUGCUGAAAUUUUUGUCAUCUGCCAAGGUUUUCUGGCCCCUGACAAAAUCGAUAACAAAUUUUUCGACCCUAAGCAUGCCUUCAAAGAGGUGGAGGUCCAAGUAAAGACGGUAAAGGAGUUAAGUACGGCGAAGAAACCUAAAGCAGAAGGCUACACUGAUGGAGACCUGACCCAGUAUCACCCAUUCUCCGUGAAUGCGUUUUUACGAGCUGAGAACCCAGUGGACUUCCUGAGCAAAGCCAGUGAGAUCACUUUUGAUGAUCCAAUGCUGGAGUCUCACAGAGCCACAUCUUCUGAAAUUAAAGAAUGCUGUAAAGAUAUCAAGGUUCUUGGAAGAAAAGAGUUGCGUUUCUUGCUGUCAUGGCGAUCCAAGCUGAGGAAGUUUUUAGCCAAAAAGCUGAAAGAAGAAGCAAAGCAGCUGAACCAAGAGAUCAGUCUGAGCUCCAGUGAUGAUGAAAGCGAUGCAGAGAAGCCUAGGAAGAAGAAGGAGGUGGUGGGUAAGAAAGAUGAGGAGGAGGAGGCUGAGGAUGAGGACGAGGAGAUGGAGAAAAAGCUGGCUGAGCUGAAGGCAGAGGAGAUUGCGGAGCUGAAACGGAAGAAGAAGAAACUCUUGAAAGAGCGACGGAAGCAGAGAGAGCGAGUGGAGCUGAAGAUGGACCUGCCUGGAGUUUCCAUCGCCGACGCCGGAGAUUCGAGCAUGUUCUCUCUCAACACCAUCCAUAAAGCCAAGGACCUGAAUGCGCUCACGCUGGGUGAUAUGACAGGAGCAGACGUCUUGGUGGAUGAGGGGGGAGAGGAGGACGUGCACAUUUCUGAUUCAGAGAGCGACCUCGUCUCUCUAGCGUCAGACCUGGAUGAAGACGACCUGGCUGAGAUUGAGGAGAAAGAGAAGCAGCUGAAGAAACUUCCCAAGAAAAAGGUUUCCUUCGCUGCAGUGGAGGAGGAUGAGGAUAAAGAGGAGCAGGGGAACGAACUGCUAGUGGAUUUGGAGGGAAAGAAUGAAAAGCAAGACCGACAGACCAGCAUGUGGUUUAGUAAGGACAUCUUCUCAGAGCUGGACCUCGAUGGAGAUGCGGACGCAGCGAGGGAGCUCAAACAGACCCAGUUCCUUCACAGCAAGCAGGCUGCAGGAAAGGGUAAAAAGAGGAAGGCUGAAAAGGAUGCGGAGCCUGCCCAGAAAGAGGAAGAGGAGGAGGAAGAAGCAGCCAUGCCGUCUCAGGAAGAGGCAGCAGGAGAUGAGGAGGACAGCGAUGACGACUCGGACUGUGAUAGCAGUGAUGAUGAGGAAGAAAUAGCGAGGAUGAAGAGCACCUCUGGGUCCCAUGAAUUGCCCGGAGAUGAUGAUGACUUUCAGGUCGUUCCUGUAGAGAGCACAAGUAAACGUGCUCGGAUCCUGGACGCUGAGGGUUUGGCUCUCGGCGCUCAGAUCGCCACGUCCAAGAAGAGACGCAGGGACCUGAUAGAUGAAUCCUUCCACAGAUUCUCCAGUUUGCAGGACGGUAGCGAGAUACCAGUGUGGUUCUUGGAUGACGAGAGGAAGCACAGGAAGAAACCUAUCCCUGUCACACGCGAGAUGGUGGACGAGUACAAGCAGAAGUGGAAGGAGAUAAACGCACGUCCAAUUAAGAGACUGGCAGAGGCCAAAGCUCGCAAGAAGAGAAAGACGCUGAAGAAGAUGGAGCAGGCCAAGAAGAAGGCUGAAGCGGUGGUCAACACCGUGGACAUCUCCGAGAGAGAGAAGAUGGCACAGCUCAGAAGCAUCUACAAGAAGGCCGGUGUGGGUAAGGAGAAGAGGGAGGUGACCUACGUCGUGGCCAAAAAAGGCACUGGACGUAAAAUCCGCCGUCCUCCAGGAGUGAAGGGUGUUUUCCGCGUGGUGGACGGACGGAUGAAGAAGGACCUCCGUGGCAAGCAGAACAAGAAUCAAAAAGGCAAGGGGAAAGGGGGCAAGAAAGGAGGGAUGGGCGGAAGAGGGGGAAAAGAGGGUAAGAGGCGUCCAAAUAGGAAGUGAGGGAGUGAAACACGAGCAUGAACUUCUCAUCACACUCAGCUGGGACUGCUGUUAAAGAGCUGAGCUGUGCUAAAGCCACGCUGCAUGGACUCCAUGGACAGGAUGAUGUCACACAGGCCUGGAUUUACUGUGUAUGCUGUGAUGUCAUCACAAAAUAUGUGCUGAUCUGUGGUCAGUUUCAUGUUUUUUCUAAUGACUGACUGUUUCCUGAUACGGAACCUUUAAUCCGGUUGAUUGAACGCACCUGAUCAUUUUGUCUAUUUUUAUAGAUCACGGUCAUACAGGAACAGGGCCGAUGUUUACGGUUUAGCCGUAGCUUUUAUUAUUAUUAUUAUCUUUUUUUUUUUUUUUUUUACCCCUUGUCUUUUGAAUGAACAUACAAAUUUGGUUAAUGUGUACAUUUUUAUAAAUCUAUUGUUAAUUAUAACUCAGGAAUGAAGUAAUAUCUGCAGAGGUAUCAACAUUUUAUGCAGAAGACACCAGACAACUUCACUUUAUUAUGGCAGAAAACAUGAAAACGUGCUUCAUCUGAUUUAAAGACAUGGGUAAUAAUGAAUAAGAUGCUUGUUUCACUGGAUGCCUCGCAGCCUGCUGGAGGCGUUUUGAUUGUAUAAAAUUUUGUCAAAAAUGA